CAGGCUUGUACCCAUUCAUUCAUACUAUAUAUCAAUAUUUUCUUGAUUAUCUUGCCCCCAUUUAAACCCUAAAUAAACCCAGCUCAAAUUAUUGUAAAUCCUGUCACCAUUUUCGAUUCUUGAGUUGGAUUUCCUAGCAUCUCAUUUUAAAUUGCAUACCAAGGAGGAAGAAGUCUUCAUUUACUCUUUGUUGUGAUCAGUUUUUCAGUCUGCCCACAUGGCUGAUCGACAGCAAACUCCAGAAUCACAGAUGCAAUCUCCUGCUUCAAGGGAUGACAUGAUUGCCUGUGUGAUGUCAUUAGAGACUGCUUUGCUUCCCUGCUUGCCUGCAAGAGAGCUCCAGGCAAUUGACCGUUCAGCCCAUCCUUAUCAUCAGAUUGAUGUUGAGAGGCAUGCCAGAGAUUUCAUGGAAGCAGCAAAAAAGCUUCAACUUUAUUUGAUUGGGUUGCAACGCGAGGAUUUGCCUUCCAAGCCAGAUAUGCUUAGAAAGGAUAUUGCAAAAAUGGAACAAGAGUUGAAAGCAAAAACGGAGCUUAUAAGCAAGCAGGAGAGACUGAUCCAAGAAUGGAGGAAGGAGUUGAAGGACCAAUUAGACAAACACGACAUGGAGUUGGAAAGGGUGUAAACUACUGCAGAUCUCUGUUGAUGUAAACAACUGUACUAAUUUUUCUUCUUUUGCGAGGUCCAGUUUUAUUAUUUUCUGUUGCUCACAUCUCGUAGCAUUCUGUAUUUGAAGGUGGUAGAGAUAACGAGCUCACUACAGAGAUGACUUGUUGCUACUUUUUUUAAAUGACAGGGUGAGGGUAGGAUGAUAAUACUUGUCCCUGUACUGUUCUCAACAGCGAUGUGAAUUCCCGUGCAUCUGAUUUUGUGGAUGGAGAGAACUUUGUUGAGCUUUGUGUAUACUAUUAGAAGAGGUUCAGUUUGAUUGAA